AUGGCCGAAGUACUGUCGCCCGCUAUGGCUUUCGGAACCAAUGAUUUCUACAACCCACAGGCGACCAUCUCCCUCUCCGAUACUUCAUUACAGAACAAUCUAAUGACCCCCGAACCCAUGUCACCCGAGUCAUCUUAUAAUGUCAAGGAGGAGAGCGUCGAGGGUGACGAGUCGAAAAAGCCGACGAAGAAGCGAAAGUCAUGGGGUCAAGAACUCCCAACACCAAAGACAAACCUUCCUCCUCGCAAGCGAGCAAAGACGGAGGAUGAGAAAGAGCAACGUCGAAUAGAGCGAGUCCUGCGAAAUCGACAAGCUGCGCAAUCAUCGCGAGAGCGCAAGCGACAAGAAGUCGAGAAACUCGAAGGCGAAAAGUCCUUCAUUGAGCAACAGAACGAGUCUCUCAAGGAACGAUUGAUGACCGUCGAGCAUGAGAAGUUUCUCCUCACCCAGCAAGUCGCCAAGCUGGCCGCGCAGAUGGAAGCCAUCAAACGGGGAUGUUCGGCAACACCUCGUGUCGACUCACCACCACUUGAACCAGACCUCCUGACUCGGGAACAAUUCAUCAAGCAAGAAUUAUUAGACGACUACCCAUACAACCUACCGACGCCCCAACAUUCCCACGGCGCGCCAUCCACAUCCUACUCAUCCCCAUCAACCGCCACUUACUCGGAAUCAUCAACGCCAGCGACAAUGGGUCUAGAUCUCGAUGCUUUGACUGCUACCCCGGACAUGACACAACAUCCUGCUGCGAUGUUCACGUCAAACAUCGACUCGGCCUACGAUUCCCCACGCGAUCCAAUCAUAUUCGGCCAAUCUUCUCUGUCUGAUGUUGAUUUCGGCAGUCUAUUCGCAACUGAUGCAUCCGUUGAGGAUGAUCUUCACUUCUUUAAGGACGGGUUCGCCGCUUCCUCCAUCGAUGAUGACAACGCCAAUGGCUUUACCUUUGAUUCGAUGGUUGAUCUCGACGCCUGUCAGUCUACUACCGCCUUCACCAACAAAAUCGAUGACACCAACACCUACAACAACGAAGACCUCGCCCGCCAAAGCGAUUUCUACUCCGGAGGCUACUCACUCGACGGCUCCAAUUCUUCGUCUCAGAUUGCUGCGACGUCUUCUGCUCAGCAGCCCUUCCCUGGCGCGCCCUCUAAGGGCUGCGACGGGUUGGGCACUGCGACCUAA